AUGUCGAAUUUGUAUCGCUCAGCAAUGAGUGCUCGUCUUGCCAAGCUUCCUCCAGAUCUACCACAGACAAGUGACGACGGCGAGGAGGAAGAAGAGGAACUCGACUCAGUCGGAGCGUUGCCAGGCAGUGGUCUGGGUCCUCCAGCAAUGCCCGCACGACAUCCCCGUACGAAACCCAAACGAGAACCGAACCCUGCCUUUGCGCCCAUUUCUGCUGAAGGCCUCUUCGAUAGCGCUGCUCAAGUCCAGGUAGAAGCCAGGGGGCUCGACGUUCGAGUGUAUUAUACACCGCCGAAAUUCGCCGAUGGGACUGUCAUGGUUUGCCACCACGGCGCUGGGUACUCCGGCCUCAGUUUUGCGUGUUUCGCAAAAGAAAUAGCGGAUAUGACCAGAGGAGAGUGUGGUGUCCUCGCAUUUGAUGCAAGGCGACAUGGGAAGACGACUGCUUCGUCCGAUGACGAGAAUCUCUCAAUCGAUGUUCUCGUCGACGAUCUCUAUGAACUCGUUCGGACUACGUUCCAGACACCCAAAGACGCGCCUACCCUUGUAUUGAUUGGACAUAGCAUGGGAGGCUCGGUCAUAACGAGAGCGUGUCCAAAGUUACAGGACGGGGGCUACCGAGUGACUGGCGUCACAGUCAUAGACGUUGUAGAGGGUUCCGCUAUUGAUGCUCUUCCUCACAUGCACAGUCUUCUUAACGCACGUCCGGAUGGCUUUGAUUCUUUAGAGGAAGCCAUUGAAUGGCACGUGACAACAAAUACCAUCCGCAAUGUACGCUCGGCCAGGAUAUCCAUCCCCUCGAUCUUCAAAGCAUCAGAGCCGAAAUCGCCCCUCGUUCCUGCAUAUGUGUGGAGGACGCCUUUGCGAUCUACCGCACCUUACUGGACCAGCUGGUUCAAAGGUUUAUCUUCCACUUUCCUGGCUGCUCGAACGGCAAGAUUGCUGGUUUUGGCUGGGCACGAUCGCCUUGACAAGGAAUUGAUGAUUGGCCAGAUGCAAGGCAAGUUCCAACUGAUGGUUAUUCCGGGUGUCGGCCAUAUGGUCCAGGAAGAUGAUCCAACUCGGCUUGCCGAGAUCGUGGUGGAAUUUUGGAGGCGGAACGAGCGCGUUGUCGCUGGAGUGAAGAGAGUAGGCGAGAACUGA